AUGACCAAGAACCAGCCUCCAGCUAUGGUCCGGCCACCGCCAGCCGCCAAGACGGCUGCUGCUAGGAGACCCGUCCCCUGCAACAACGCAGUUCUAUCUCAGCCUACGAUACCUAAACGUCCUGCUGCCCCUACCCAGCGUCCCGUCGGCCUACCUCAACACCCCAAAGUUCAACAAAAAUACCAUUCAAGGCCUACUCAUCCGGCUCCUAGCCGUCCUCUCCCAAAUCCUCCUCGCCCGAGCCGGCUCCCUACAGCACAACCAACUAAGAAACCGGUCGGAUACAAGCCUGUCCCUCCUCCAAAAGCCACACCUAGCCCUUCUGUCGUCAAGAAGCAACCUACACCGAACAAAGGCAUGCAAAUGGAUGAUGUCAAACGCAUCCAACAAGCUGCAUAUGCUCAAGGUCAGAAGGCUGGGCGUAAAACCGGUCAAGCUCAGGGCUACCAGGCGGGUGAAAAGCACGGCCGAAAGGUCGGCCAAGAAGCUGGAAACCGUGAAGGCUUCAGCAAAGGGCAGAAGCAGGGUUACGCACAAGGGCACAAGAAUGGUCAUGCCUCGGGACAAGCACAAGGUUACGCCAAGGGCCAGAACGUGGGCUUCAGCGCUGGACAUAACAAAGGCCAGGCUACAGGGCAACGCCAAGGCUAUGCUCGGGGCCAGAGUCAAGGAUACGACGCUGGACACGCAAGUGGUCAUGUUGAGGGCCGGAAACAAGGCUUUGCACAAGGCCAGAGCCAAGGCUUCGAUGCCGGACAGAGAAGAGGCCAUGUUUCGGGGCAUAAGCAAGGCUACUAUCAAGGUCAACAUGUCGGCUACUACCAGGGUCAACACGCUGGCUAUUCUCGAGGUGAACAUUUCGGUUAUCACCAUGGAUACCAACAAGGGCGCGAUGAAGAGCAUGACAUCAACAAAAAGGCCAUUGCAGGCGGUGUGGUAGCGGGCGCAAUGCUUGGUGGAACCUUCAUGUAUCUGGGCCACGAGGCACUGGACCCUGAUGGGCUCUCACAGGUCACCGAGGAAACAGAAAGCAUCAGCACCGAGAUGGAAAUGAGCGACGAUGAGUUCGCUCCAGGAGAGCCAGUUGAGGAUGAAGACUGGUAUGAGAGACACAGAGCGGGGUGGGAUGGCGAUGAGACCUAUGUCCGAUCCCAUGAGGGGUUUUCAGGGCAUGGGGAUGAAAACCUUUAUGAGGGUGGAGGCUAUAUUGGUGGAGGAUAUGAGGAGAGUGAUGGGUAUGAUACGAACCAGGAUGUUAGAGACGACAGCCAGGUUCACUUGAGCCAGGAAUAUGAGGCCGAUAGGGGAGGCUUCGCAGGAGGUGAGCAUUCUGGAAGUGCUGAUGAUUUUCAUGAAAAAGGUCGGGGAGAGGAAGAUUGUUGCGAGUGCGACAAUUGUUGUGACUAUGGUGACUCUUGGUGCUGUGGGGGUGUAGAUGACAAGAAGGAUAACGGUCCUGGCUGUGUAAUUAUGUGA